AUGGAUUCCAAUGCACCCCCACCGUGUCCGUUCUGCAACAUCGCCUCAUCAUACCCCCCAACCCCCUUCAAUGACCCUGAGUCCAAUCCAGCCUCUACAGCCCCCCCGGAUUCAGGUCCAUUAUCUCACAUCAUCCUCUCCACUGAGCAUGUUCUCGCCUUCUUGGACAUUAUGCCGCUUGCCCGCGGGCAUGUCCUUGUAGCGCCAAGACAUCAUUACAAGUUGCUGGGAGACAUGGGUGUUCAAGCAGGACAGGAGAUGGGGAAAUGGCUGCCUAUUAUCUCCAGGGUUGUAACGAAGACUGUGUUCGGCAAUGAUCCCGAUAGACAUUGGAAUGUAGUACAGAACAAUGGUGAAAGAGCAGCACAGGUAGUACCCCACGUCCAUUUCCACAUCAUUCCACGCCCUGCUCAAGGGGCCAAUCAGAGAACAAGUUUUGCUAUGUUCGGCCGCGGGCAGAGAGAGGAGCUUGACGAUGAUGAGGCUGAGGCCUUGGCUCGUGAAUUGAGAAUUGAGCUGGCUGAGGAAGUCAAACGAAUUCAGAGGGACGAGGGUGUAGACUUGGCUGCAGACUUGGUUCCAGAAGGAAGCCAGCGAGGGAAGCUGUGA